AUGGGUGCCCAAGACGUUCUCAGCCGCAAGACGGGUGUCAUCGUCGGUGAUGAUGUCCUCGCCUUGUUCACUUAUGCUCGCGAGCAUAAGUUUGCGAUCCCCGCUAUCAACUGCACUUCCUCGUCGACCGUCGUAGCAUCCCUCGAGGCUGCGCGGGAUUCCAAGUCUCCUAUUGUCUUGCAGUUUUCCCAAGGUGGUGCCGCCUUCUUCGCCGGAAAAGGUGUUGACAACAAGGAUCAAUUUGCCUCAAUCCAGGGUGCCGUCGCCGGUGCCCACUAUGUCCGCGCCAUUGCCCCCGCAUACGGCGUUCCCGUUGUUCUUCACACUGACCACUGCGCCAAAAAGCUGCUUCCGUGGCUCGAUGGCAUGCUCGACGCCGAUGAGAAGUACUUCAAGGAGCACAACGAGCCUCUCUUCAGCUCCCACAUGAUCGAUCUGUCCGAAGAGCCCGUUGACUGGAACGUCGAGACCACCGCCAGGUACCUGAAGCGUGCCGCCCCCAUGAAGCAAUGGCUCGAGAUGGAGAUUGGCAUCACCGGUGGCGAGGAGGACGGUGUCAACAAUGAGGACGUUGACAAUAACUCCCUCUACACUCAACCGGAAGACAUUAUGAACAUCUACAAAACCCUCUCGCCCAUCUCCCCCUACUUUUCCAUCGCCGCCGGCUUUGGCAACGUCCACGGCGUGUACAAGCCUGGCAACGUGAAGCUCCACCCCGAACUUCUCGGCAAGCACCAGGCAUACGUCAAGGAGCAGCUCACCGCUGCCGGUCAAAAGAACGUUGGAGACAAGCCCGUCUAUUUCGUCUUCCAUGGAGGCUCUGGUUCCGCCAAGCAAGAGUACCUGGACGCCAUCAACCAUGGUGUCGUUAAGGUCAAUAUGGACACCGACAUGCAGUUUGCCUAUUGCAGCGGUAUCCGAGACUACAUGGUCACCAAGAAGGAGUACGUCAGCACGGCCGUUGGCAACCCCGAUGGGGAGGAUAAGCCCAACAAGAAGUACUUCGAUCCCCGUGUCUGGGUUCGUGAGGGAGAGAAGACCAUGACUACUCGUGUUAAGGAGGCCCUGGCCGACUUCAACACUGCUGGUACCUUGUAA